AUGGCCACAAAAUCACGCGAGCGAUCCACACCAAGUCAGGUAAAUUCCAAAGUGGUGGAGUUCGUGUGCAGUCUCUACGAGGCGGAUCCGAAAAUCACACUGGCACAGAUAUGCCUCCGACUGCAAGGCGAGAUGUCAGUGACAGUUGCCCAAUCAACUGCCCACAAAUAUCUUCGGGGCAUGGUGUUCACACGCAGCAUACUCCCUCCUCCAGACUACACUUCUCUGGAAGCUAGAGAGGAGACACGACAAUACAUCUCUGCCAUCUCCAACUACAUGCAACAAGGAAAAGAAAUCAUUUGGCUCGAACUACACAUUCACAGCCUGGCAGCAAUUUCAUCGAACCUUGGCCUCCUUCACGCCUCCUUCAAACGCGGUCCUUAUACCAAACAGGAUCAGGAGGUAUGGAUCCACCAACACCUGCAACCCGAACUACUGACAGAUGCGGUGCUUGUUUCCAAUGCCUUUGAAGGCGCUAACAUCUCUGCCGUAACGCCAGUGCCGCGACGCCUGCGACUGGCACCACUUCAUACUGACCGCCUUAACCCCUGUGAGGCGUAUUGGAGCAGGGUCACGGAGAGGGUGAAGACUCGUCUGCUCUCUGGCGAAGCUCAUCUACCAGCUGGCAGUGCAACAGAUGAGAAUCAACGAUUGGGAUGUCUAGAGCGCCUCCUCACUCACGCUAUGGCAACCGUAGCCGUUUCUAAUAGCAACAACGAAGCUGAUUGUAAAGGAGAGGUGGUGGAAGAGGACGUAUGUGAGAAGGCUGUUCGUGACUCCACCGAAAGCCUUACCGACGUCCUUCAACUUGUCACAGGGCUUAAAGUUGAGCAUUUUUGA